UUAAUGUGGAUCGGAGCUGAGUCGUGGGGUUUUGGCUCCGCCGUGCUUCCAGCACACGUUUGUUUACCUUCGUUCGGGUGUCUCGCUGCGAGGGAAGCCAAGGAGGACGGGGAUCGCGUCCCCGGCUGCGGAGUCCCGUCAGAUCAAUGGUUGCAUAGAGUGGAUCGCUGGAUAAUCGUUCCACCAUGAGCAAUGGGAUGUGCUCCCGGAGACAGAAAGGGCUGCUUCAAACGGGAUUCUGUGUUCUAGUUGUACUUUGUUUUGGGUUCGGGCUGUACACCUACACCCAGCUAAAGGAAAAUGUGCGGAGCACCGAAAUGCUGGCUCAGAAGUACAAACAACAGCAGGAAUCUGUCUCGGCUCAGUUACAAGUUGUGUAUGAGCAUCGGUCCAGACUGGAGCGCUCCUUACAGAAGGAACGAAAUGAGCACAAGAAGACAAAGGAAGAUUUUCUAGUGUAUAAGUUGGAAGCUCAAGAGUCAUUGAACAAGGAGAAGCAAGAUGCCAUGAAUCGAUACAGCGCUCUCAGUUCCCAGCAUAAGAUCCUGAAGAACCAGCACGACGAGGUGAGGAAGCAGCUGGCGGAGCUGCAGGUCCAGCACAAUGGCCUGCAGCUGGAACACAGGAAGGCAGUCGAGGCCCACAGCCAGCAGUUCCUGAAGUUUCGCCAACAGAAGGAGCUGGAGAUCAGCAGCCUACAAGAAAACAUCCUAAAGCUGAGGCAGGAGAGCAGGCAGCUCCGGAAGGCCCACCAGGAGAUGCACGACCAGCUGGCGAAAGCUCAGAGCCAGGUGGAAGAGUUCAGGCAACUGAAGCAAGCUCUCAACGGAAUGCCAAGUUUCAAAAACCCCGGACUGAAGCAGGAACAAAAUCAGGCAGGCCACAGGCAGCCCUGGGGUCCUGCAAGCAGCCAGUUGAAGUUCACUGAACAGAAGCCGCCGCCAUCGGAAAGGGGGGAGCGCGCGGCGACUCCCAGGAGACUUGCAGAACAAGAUGCGGGCGGGCGGCCGGCCCAACCGAAUGAGGGGCAGCAGGAGCAUCCCGAGCCGAAGACCACGCCCGCCUGGGAGCCGAAAGACCAGCUGAGCCUGCAGGAGGCCGGAGCCAAUCACAUGCCUCGGGUCACCAGGAUGGUGAAUAACCUGCCCCCAGAGAACCAGGGUGCGAGGACAUUGGUCAAUGGCCAGAUCCGGACACUUGGUGGCGCCACUGAGCAAGACCGCCAGCCAGAGAGAGACGUGGUUGCCCCGCAACAAGAGCACCUCAUGUCCAACAAGUUGCAGCUGGAGGGUCGGCCGGUCAAUCGUCAAUGGCCACCGAAAAGGUGGGUUGAGAUCAUUAACGAUGUGAACAGAGACAUCGACUUCGAACCGGACAGCCAGCCAGAGCAGCGCCCCGCUCCCCCCCUGGAGAACAGGCAGGAGCCUCAGGCGACCCCUGCCAAGUCCACCAGCAGUCAGUGGGGCGCCGGCCAUGGGAACGCUGACUGGAAUGUGGAUCGUGCGAGGGAUGGGAAGGGGGAGCCUGAAGAGGAGCGCGAGACGAUGAACAAUAGAUUGAAGGAAGUGGACAAAAUGGAUGCGGGGAAGCUGUUUGCACACGUCAUGUCAUCUCGGAGACAGUUGAUUCCACAGGAGCCUCUGAUUCCAGAUAUUGACCAGGACCCAGCUCAGGACCCCAACAACCAGGGAGAGGAUGAGUUUGAAGAAGCUGAGCUGGAGAGGCCAGGCUAUGCGGCGAAGGCACCCGGGCUCAGUGCACUGAAGGAUCAGCUGCUGCUGAAGGCCGGUGCCAAGAACGUCGAUGCAGCAAGUAGAGAAGGAGAUAAUGUGGAUGAAUACCAAGAAGACCAGGAGACAGAAAAUGAGGAUAACGGAGGCGAGAUGGAUGAUGAAGACCCUGACGCAGCUCGCAAAGACGACAUUCAGGAAGACACCAGAAUCCAAGACGAGGAAGCCAAUAAGGAAGAAGAAUAUUGAAUCAAGAUAUGGAUGGAGCACUGUGGUAUAAUACGGGGUGAUUUCUCAUUCCCAAAAUGAGGAGACGGGGAGCUGAGUUAUGGGAUGAGAGCAGAUCCUGUCCUAGUGGAAUUCUCCGAACUGCAAGACCAAGGCAGACGCUGAUAUCUGAACUUAAGUUUUUCCAUUUGACCUACUAUAAACUUGAUCCCAACAAGUUUGUUUCAAAACAGAAUUUAAGUAUCGACUGAUGCUUGGCUUUGUCUAAGCAUAUUAUUUGUCCAGAGGUGAUGGACUGUGGUAAUGUUCAAUUCCAGAGGAAUUUGAAAAUGGUCAGGAGGAAGCGGAAACUUCCCAUUAAUGGUCCCACUUUGAAUGAACCAGAAAGGACAGCCAAACAGCUGGUUCAAUGGGAUAAAAGGGCAUUGAAGUGAUAAAUAGUGUAAAAUACAUUGUGUCUAUUUCUCCUUGUG